UGCACUUUAUAAUCAAGCAAGGGCAAGAAUCUAUUCCGUUGCCCUUUACAUGUAUGAACUUUAUUACCAGCACGGAAAGAAUUUAUUCCGAUCCACACGAGCAAGUCGUCUAUAUAAAUGGACCGCUGUCCGCUUUACCUUCCCUACUCAUACUGCAAUAUACAUAUACUAUAUCAGUCGUUCUCAUCACCAAGGUUCACCUAUGGCGGGCAUAGGGUUUGAGCAUAAACGUGAGAAGUUUACUUCAGCCUUUGACGAGGAUGAACCAAUGCUACUAGCAGGUGGUGGAUCAGGUAAGGAGCCUACUUCAGCCACACAGCCCGAGAAGCAUUGGUACGACGGAUUUGAAAAGGAACUGCCACCUACCGCGAAGCGGGCUGAGGAAGAGAACAACCAGAAGCAGGAACCCACCAAAUAUAUCACUAAGAUGAUGGAGGAGAAGGUGAGCACGGCGAUUCCUGAGCGAUCGCCACAACCACCAACCAUCUGCGAGGUCCCGGAGGACAUCGCCGAGGGCAACGAGGGCGCCUACAUCCCCAAGGUCGUCUGCAUCGGACCGCUCUUCGACAGCAAGCGCGAAACGGCCAGCAUGCUCAGGCUCGAGCGCUAUAAGUGGCGCUGUGUCCGCAAGUUCAUUGUGGGGCGCCACCGAGCCGCCGGAACCUUGGAGUCGGCGGCGGUCUGGUCAGCGGAGGUACACGCACCGCUGCUUCGGGAGUGCUUCGACGAGAUGAUGCGCCUGGUGCCGCGGAUUCGUGCUUCCUACAGCAGCAUUUCUUUGUCGUCCAACAAGCGGGAUACCAAUGUCUUCGGCGAUGACGAGAAGCUGGCUCUCAACAUGCUGCUCGACGGCUGCUUCGUCCUCCACCGUCUGCUCAAGUACGCACGGACAGGAAAUGGUGGCGGCGACGACCACGACGACUGGACCCUGCUGUUUGGCCGGUGCUGGGUCUGGGGAACAGUGAAGCGUGACCUACUGCUGCUCAGCAACCAGGUCCCCUUCUUCGUCGUCCGGAAGCUAUUCAAGCUUCUCGGGAGCAACGCCGGCGAGGGCGAGGACGUCCUCGUCCACGGCGGCCUCCAGUUCUUCAGCUCGCUCCAUCCUCAGCCGCUGCACUCGGCACCCAUCGCUUGCCACGAUGUGCACCACCUCCUCCACCUGUUGUACCUCUCCAUCGACCUCCCGCCGCCGCCGCCGCCUGAUGACAGCCCCGAGUCCAACAAACAACCCUGGCAUGCCGCCGCCGCUGCAGUACCGUCGUCGGAGCUCACGCGGUGGGUGCCCUGCGCCAAGGAGCUGGAGGAGGCCGGCGUGAGGUUCAGGCCACGGAAGCGCGGUGCUGCCAAGAGUUUCCUCGACGUGAGUUUCCGCGGCGGCGUGCUGGAGAUCCCGCCGCUGCAACUUUUCGACUACAGCGUGCCCCUGUUCCGGAACCUGAUUGCGUUCGAGCAGACCUACCCAACUACACCAGGCCGCGUAACAGCCUUCGCCAUAUUCAUGGACUGCAUCGUCAAGACAUCCGAGGACGUGCGCAUCCUCCACCGGAGUGGGGUGCUGGUGAAUCACAUGAACGGCGAGAGGGACGCCACAGCCUUGGGGUUCUUCACCGGACUCUGCACGGAGGCGCACACCUCCGCCGACCGCAACUACCUCGCCGGCGUGAUGGAGGAGGUCGUCAGGUACCAGAGAGGAAGGUGGCCGCAAUGGCGCGCGGCGCUGGUGCGCGACUACUUCAAGAAUCCUUGGGUGACAACAGCUGUCGUGGCCGGGGCGAUCGGGCUCGCCUUGACCGCGCUGCAGACCUUCUACUCUGUCUACGGCUACUACAAGCCACACAACUAAGCAAAGCAGCUCUAGUCGUGGCUGUUACAACUUUGUGUGCUUGCUUCUGUUUUCAAUAUGUAACCAACAUGGCCCCAUUUAAGCCAUUUUGAGUGAUUUUGGUGAUCGAUUGACAA